CUUCCUGCUGCUGCCAGUCGCGGUCGAAACUCCUUUGGCAAAUAAGUCAGCGUAUAAUUUGAGCAUGUGCCGCCGAGAGAUUUGGCAAAGAGAGCGUUUUUCUUUGUGUGAUAUUUGAUGGAGGGUGAAUCCUCGAAAGUGCGCCCCUUUGGUUUUCGCUGCAGUUCGGCCGAGGGAGAAAGUCCGUGAGCAUUGUUAUUGGCGCUUCAAAUUGGCUUACGGCAUUUAUUGGUGCUGAACGCACCAGAUUUAUUAAUUUUUGACUGUGAUUUUGCGUCGAAAAACGACGAGUUCUACUGCGGCAAUGAAAGAGCCUAUAAAGUGAUCGGCAAGACGACGCGGAUUGACGUUUAUAUCAGGAAAAAAAUGAUGAUUGGACACGACUUUUGUGCGCUUUUUCUCAGCAUUGUUUUGCUCCUUCUUGCGUUGAGCGGCGUCACUGCUUUAAAAUGUUUUCACUGCGAAGGCAACUGCAAAGAAGCGGACAUGGGCGAUCCAAAUCUCUGCAGACCAGGAUUUGAUGUUUGCAUGAAAGUCCACUCGGAACGAAGGAGGGUAGAGCGAGUGUGUGGUACGCUUGACGCCUGUGGCUACGGGGUGUCCGAGAACUGGGGUCGCCGUCUCAUUCGACAGCUCAAGGACGUAAUGGGGAACGCCCAGAAAAGAUCCCCUUGGGAGCAAGAUGAGUAUGAAAAGCGUACAGAGACGUUCUGCUGUGAUACAGACUUUUGCAACGGUGCUUUAAAAGUUGGACCUUUAUUCUCGGUGGUGCUCGUAACAACGUGUUUGUUGCACUUAUUCAACAGAAGAAUUUUAUUUAUUUAAUCCAAUGAAUUUGAGAAAUUGUAUGUAAUAAAAAUUUUGAUGUAAUCAGAUAUCAACAUUUUGAUUUAUAGUCUAUCUAAAUGAUCUAAAUGUCAUGGGCCGGGAGCGUUAAUUAUUUAUCAGAGAAGCUUUCCUCGGAACUUUAUAUUUGCCAAGGGCAUGCUAUCCUAUUUCUCAUUAGUAUCAACUUAACUUCCAUCAGAGACUGCCACUGACAAAAUGUGGCAAGCGUUAUACAAG